AUGCUUUUCUGUCCAUUGGCCAUGAAAUAUUUGUAUGAUUACAUUCAGCAGCCGCCGAUUAAAAUAGCUAUUUAUGGGCCUGUCUCUUCUCUUUGCUGUGAAUCAGUUUCAUCUGUUGCUAAAUAUUGGAAUCUUGUCCAAGGUAACUGUCUAUUUUACUUUCAGAUUUCCAACGCGGCUACAAGCGCUACACUAAGCGAUCGAAAAUUAUAUCCAUAUUUUUAUAGAACAGCUUUAUCAGAUGUUGCAUAUAACGUUGUUCGCCAAGAGUUAUUUCGGCUUUUUAAUUGGGAUAAAGUAGCAAUAAUUCAUCAAACCUUAAGUCUUUUUCAAGCGUCUGCAGCUGAUUUAGAACAUAUUCUAAAGAAAGGAAAUAUCACUGUUGUUGCUUCGGAAGCAUUUGCACAAUUUCCAGAGCGACAUGUUCCUCUGCUUAAGGAUAAAGACGCUAGAAUAAUCAUUGUCUAUGCUUAUCCAGAUAUGGCUCAGAGAAUCUUUUGCACGGCAUACCAUUUAAAUUACUAUGGACCAAAUCAUGUCUGGUUUUUACUUGGAUGGUACUUUGAUAACUGGUGGAAAAGUGAUUUAUCCAAGAAUACUAAUUGUACCGAAGAGCAAAUAUUAAAAGUUAUGGACGGUUACUUUGCUGUGCUUGGUGUUGAAUUUGGUUUCGAAAAUGUGACUACCAUUUCCGGAUUGACACCGAAGAAAUAUCUUGAAGAAUAUAAAAAUUUCCAUCCUGAUUACUACCUUGCAAGUGUACAUACUUGGGCUUAUGAUGCUGUUUGGUCACUGGCAUUGGCUCUUAAUAAUACAGAGCAUAUCCUGAGACAGAACGGUCGAAAUUUAACCCAAUUUCAUUAUAAUGACAGUAAUACAAGACAAAUUUUAAUGGAAUCAUUUAAUCAGUUGAGCUUUCAAGGAAUUAGUGGUCCGGUUUCUUUUGAACAAGGCGAAAGAGUCGCAGACGUUAGAAUUCUACAGAUGAUAACACGGAUUAAAACUAUAAAUACUGUACAAGUUGGGUUAUAUGACAGUCAUCAAAACGAAAUACGACUUGGAUCUCCUUACAAUCCCGUUUAUUGGAGAGGCGGAUAUAUACCUAAAGAUGAAUAUAUACGAAAAACGAUCAUUCUUCGCAUUUCUAGUCCAAUAUUUAUUGCGUUUACCAUACUAUCUAUUCUUGGUAUUAUACUAUCCUUAUUCUUUUUUGUAUUCAAUGUUUUCAAUCGAAAGCUAAGAUAUAUCAAAAUGUCCAGCCCUAAUUUAAAUAACGUGAUCUUGGUUGGCGGUGUGUUAUGCUACCUAUCAGUUAUUGUUUUUGGCUUAGAAAGUUAUACAAUUACUUGCCAAAUUCGAGGUUGGCUGCUGGCUAUUGGUUUCACGUUAUCGUUUGGUUCUUUAUUUUCAAAGACAUGGAGAGUGCACAGAAUAUAUCAUAAUAAGCACAAAAUGAGAGUGGUCAUCAGAGAUACCCAUUUAUUUAUUAUGGUAUUCUUUUUGGUGAUGAUCGAUGUUAUUAUAUUAAUGACUUGGCAAUUUGUCGAUCCAUUAUACUCAAGUGAAAUCAUCUUUUCAACCCAGGUCGAUCCUACAAACAUUGAAUACUUAAUAAUCUCCAAACAUCGAGUUUGCAUAUGUGGACAUUAUACAAUUUGGCUGGGCAUUUUAUAUAGUUAUAAAUUUCUAUUAUUAAUAUUUGGCGCUUUCUUGGCGUGGGAGACAAGAAAUGUUAGUAUCCCAGCAUUGAAUGACUCCAAGUACAUUGGCUUAUCCAUUUACAAUGUUGUCGUGUUAUGUGUGGUUGGAGUAUUAAUAACUAUAUUCGUCAAUAACCAAGUGGAUAUCAGCUUCGCUUUGAUAGCUUCAUUUAUCGUUUUCUGUACCACGUUGAUGAGCUGUUUUGUUUUUGUACCUAAGAUUCGAUAUUUCAAAACUGAUCCAGAUGAACAGAAAAACAUGAUGGCAUCAAGAUCAGUGGGUAAGGUUGCCUCAGUUGUACACCAAAGCUAUUUACCGGCAUCAAGAGAUGAUGUCCUAGUACUGAAACGACAAUUAUCAGAGCGAGAUAAGGAAAUUCAAAAUUUAUCUGAUAUUAUCAAAAAGUAUGAAAACAAAGAUAGUGUUAUACGAGACAGCAGCCUAGUCAACGUUGCUUCUGCUGCAGCAAACUCAUCAACUAGAACAUCAAUUGAUCUUAACUGGGCGAGGAAAGAAGCAAUCGAAUAA